UCAGGAACAAAUGUCAAUGUCGAAGUGUUAUUUAUUUUGCGACUUGUUAUUUUAUUUAAGCUAAAAUUCAUAAUCAUUACUCAGAUAAUUACUCAUUACGAAGCAAAUUUUUUUAUAGACUAUUCAAUAUUCCAUCUAAUAUUUAUGAAUGAGAACAUAACCUGUUGCAGAGAUAUUUUGUGGUUAUAAAAGUUUUACAAAUACAAUAAAAAUGGAUAUAGCUGAUAAUAAGAGUGAAAGUAAUGGACGAGCUGUAAUAAAUUUCUUAAAGAAUAAUAUAUACAAAUUAGAAAAUGCAACAUUAGAGGUUGAAAUGAAAAAAGAUUUUUUAUUUGCUAAAAAAAAGAGUAAAGAGACCAAAAAGAAGCAACGGAAGAAGAAAACCAAAACUUUAACAAGAAGGGAAAAAAAGGCUAUGGGUUUUUAUGACAUUCCUAAGAAUGGGGUGAAAUAUUUAGAUGUAUUGCCAAUGAAUGAUAUAUGGGAGGGUUACAUGAGUGAAUUGCUCGAGUUAGAUAAGCAGGUGCCAGAAUGCAAUAGCAAAGGCUGGGAGCAAUUUACACAAACUUUAUAUCGAGCAGACUUUCAUGGUAGCCUUCUAGAAGUUAUAAGAUCAAAAUGUCCAAGCUAUGUGGGGAAAAAAGGUAUCUGUAUUAUGGAUACUAAAAACACAUUUAAAAUAGUUUCAAUUAAUAAUUUAGUAACAACAAUACCUAAACGUGAGUGCGUUUUUGAUAUGUAUAUUAAUGGGAUGAAAAUAACAUUUUUUGGAAAACAUUUAUGUAUAAGACCAGCUGAACGGUCUACAAAAAAAAUUAAAUCAGUUUUACAUCCUGAUCUAUGAUACUAAAUAUAUUAAAUAAUAGGAAAAAUACUUUAAUGGCAAGAAAGAUAUAUUAAUAAAUUACAAGAGAUGAUCUAAAUAAAAGCAAAUACUGGCACCUUCAUUUUUUUUGUUUUUUUUUUUACAAUGAAGAUUACUAAGACAUGCUCUCAUUUGUCAACCCCUACAACUGGUAACCCUGGUGUGAAUACAAAACAACAAAUAACACAAACAAUAUAAGUAAUAUAUUUGAAUACCAACAUGCAUAAGAUUAAAAAAGGUAAUAUAAGGUUGUACAAAUAAAUUGAGCAACAUUUAUCUAGAACACUGUUUACAGUGCAUGUGUAUGAAAAAUAUAAAAAAUUAAAGCCA